AUAUAUUAAAAAUUUUAUAUAUAUAAUCUUUUUCUACAUGUAAUUUUAUAAUUUGAAUUUUUGAAUUAAGUAUUCGUACAAUUAAUUUUUAGGAACAGUACUUGAUUCGAUUUCUCUUAAUGGAUAAUCGCCUUAAAAAGAAAUGUCUUUAAAAUAUAGAUGUCGCAUCUGUAACCGGAAAACUUCUAGUAAUAAUCAAAUUUCAAUAAAUAUUUAUUAUAAGACAAAAUUUUACGAUAUUAUUUUGCAAUGAUUAAAUUAGAAAAUAAUCAAUUUAAAAAUUUUAACUAUGUUCAAGCGAAUUAAUGUAUAUUAGUAAAAAAGUGUUGAAUUUGAUUCGUGAUGUAUUUUCGAGUGACGCCGUAGCCAUGAUUGUUUAGUUUCGGGGGGAUGAAAAGUGAAUGCGAGCAACGGAUUUGAAUGAAACGCGUGUGAUCGCAACAUAUCGACUUGUUUCUCUAUUUAAUGAGUGUGUUUGUUAAUUGAGAAAUAUGGCCAAUUAGAUAUUUGUCUGAAAUGUGGUUACGAAGUGAACAUGUUAGUAGAAGACUACGUGGUCGUUUAAAUAUAAGUUGUACAUCUGAAACUAAAAUAUACAAUUAUCGGGUACAAGUUAGGAACAUACGAAAACUUCCUUCUAUAAAUAAUAGUAGUCAUCACAUUAAUAUACCAAACAAAUAUAGUAGGCUGACACGAUGGAGACGUAGAUGUACUCAUUUUUUAAAAGAGGCUUGUAAAGAAAAUGUUUUACGUUUCGCAAAAUCUGCGCCUAGUAGACGAGUGAGAGGACCUCGUAGAAGAAAAUGCAUAAAACGAUCAAUGGUUACUUCAACACCCUUACAUCGAACUUCUACAAAAAAUGCAGUUACUCCAGCAAAAUGUACAACAGUAUCAAAAGUUUCUGAAGAAUCUAAAGAAAACUGGAAUGUAACUAGUUUAUCUUUAUACUCAUCCAUAUUAAAUACAGACACAUGCUCCUCCAUAUCCAGUGUAAAUGAUUUCAAAUCUUCAGUUUCAAGUGCAUCAACACUGUCAAAUCUAAUGCCUCCAGCAUCCAUAGGAUCAAAUUCAGAUUUUUCAUAUAUAUUGGAUGAUGAAGAAAGUAAAAAUAUUGAUACUAGAUCGCUAUAUUAUUCCACUUCUUGCUCACAAACAGAAGUAUCUGAAGAAUGUUAUAGUUUAAUGCAUUCUACAUCCAUGUAUGGAACUCGUUCUUAUUCAUUAGAAAAGUAUUUUCCAAAUGGAAAAUACGCACUUAGCAAUAAUAAUGCGAAUAAUAGUAAUUUGUCAAAAAAUCAAUGUUCUGUUGACAGUCAUCUGUCAAAAUAUGAUUCUAACUUUGCUACUACAAAAUAUGGUACAUCAACCAUGUACAGUCUAAGCCAUCAUCAUCCAUCUGAUACAAAUGGAAAUGUUACUGAAAAAUAUAAUUCCGAUGAUAUUGAAAACAAUUAUCAUGAUAUUGAAUAUAUGGAAGUUGGAAGUGAGGAAAUAGUAGAAAGUUGUGAUAUGGAAAAUAUGGUUACUCAUGUUCAAGAAGAUUGGGAACCAUUUGAUCCUUAUGUCUUCAUUAAACACUUACCACCUUUAACUCCAGCAAUGAGAGCUAGAUGUCCUGCUCUUCCUCUUAAAACAAGAAGCAGUCCAGAAUUUAGUCUCGUAUUAGAUUUGGAUGAAACAUUAGUUCAUUGUAGUUUACAAGAACUUUCGGAUGCAGCAUUUCGUUUUCCUGUCGUCUUUCAAGAUGUAACGUACACAGUGUUUGUCAGAACACGACCUUAUUUUCGCGAAUUUUUAGAACAUGUUUCAUCAUUGUAUGAAGUUAUUCUUUUUACUGCGAGUAAACGAGUUUAUGCAAAUAAAUUAAUGAAUCUAUUAGAUCCAACACGAAAAUUGAUCAAGUAUCGUCUGUUCAGAGAACACUGUGUUUGCGUAAAUGGAAAUUAUAUCAAGGAUUUAUCUAUACUUGGUAGAGAUUUAUCUAAAACUGUUAUUAUUGAUAAUAGUCCACAAGCAUUUGGAUAUCAGUUAGAAAAUGGUAUUCCUAUAGAAAGUUGGUUUGCGGAUCGUUCAGAUAAUGAAUUAAUGAAAUUGUUACCUUUCUUAGAAAAUUUAGUAAAUUGGGGUGGAGAUGUUAGACCACGUAUUAGAGAACAAUUUCGACUCUUCAGUUUUUUACCACCAGAUUAAUUUAGUUAAUUAUAAUUUUAUCAAAUUAAUUUAGUUGAUAAACAAAAUUAAAAUUUAAAAAAUAUACUAGCCUAUAUAGGUACGUAUAUGUAUAAUAUCUUACAGAUAAUUGUAAGAUA